UGCUGUUGACAUCCACAUGGAAGAAGCCCCUGAGCUGCUGUUAUUGCCGCACCGAAUCGCCUAUUCAUCGCAGCAAAGCAAUGUCAAGAUGACCACAGUCUCCCGCCGGCGCCGUCCCUGGCCCCUUCACAGCGUCAGACUCUCCGUCUCCCUUGUUGUCUGCCUCAUCGCUCAGUGGACACGUGCGUGGGACGAGACGGCCAGCCAGCCACACUCACUGCAUGAGUCUCAUACACUGUAUACAGCGGUGCAUCCAAUGCAUUCGACGUGUGUGUGCGUCACGGGCAGGUGUGUUGCGGUCCCAGAUAUGCGCGACGGGCAUCUGCAAGAACAACUCGACCUGUGUGGAGGACGGCACCACGUUCGAGUGCGUCUGUGUGGGGCCUUACGAGGGCAUCUACUGCGAGAAGCGUGAGCCAUUCAUGAAUGAGGAACGGGACAGACAGACACACGCUCAGGGAGGCAGACAGACACAAACACCGACGCUGCUGUGUGUAUGCCUGUCUCUGUCUCUCGGCGUGUCUGUCUGUCUGUCUGUCUGUCUGUCUCUGCAGGGAUCUACGCUUGUUACGAGAGGGGCCCCUUCCCCGGUGUCUCGCCCUGCAAAAACGGCGCCGAGUGCAUGAAUAUCGAAGGGUGAGCAGCCACCCAACCACCCGCACCAAAUCGCAAUCGCAGGGGCCGAUAUAUAAGUGUGUGUGUGUAUUUGUGUGUGUGUGUGCAUCUGCACGUGCGGCCUGCAGUGAGCCCUUCUACACGUGCAUCUGCAAGGACGGCUUCGAGGGGCUCAACUGCGAUAUCGGUCGGCAGACAGCAGAGACACACCACACCACACGGAAGGGCGGAUGGAUGGAGGGAUGUUUGUGUGCAGACACCAACGAGUGUGAUGCCAACCCCUGCCUGAAUGGCGGGCAGUGCGCCGAGGACAGGCCGGGCUCCUUCGUGUGCUCGUGCAGACCGGGGUUUGAGGGGGACAUAUGCGAGCGUGAGCCUAAUCACGACAGGGACAGACACAGACAGGGACAGACGCGCAUCGCGUGUGUGCAGAUUUUGUGGGUGUGGGGGUGGCGGGGGUCGGCGAGGCGCUCAGCUCAAGUAAAUAAGAGAUCCCUCCCUGUCUCCCUCCCUGUCUCUUGCUUGUGUAUAUAUUUCUGUGUGUGGGUGGGUGCGUCAUGCACAGCGAUGCUGGCAGUGCGGUGGGUGGUGUUCAUGGCCAUGUUUGGUCUGUGUGCCUGGUGCUGCUACGGCGUCAUCACCGAGUACAGCGAAAAGUACUUCACCGCCGCGAGGGAAAAGGAAAAGGCCAAAGAGGCCAGGGAAACAGCUGCCGAGGACUGACUGACCGACUGAUCAGAUGGACCGACUGACUGACCGACUGAUGGACUUGGUU